AUGGGGUCAGGGCCGAGGCUGCCGCCCUUUGAUCUGCAGGCAUCGCCGAAGCUACCCUUCGGCAUGGAGGACGUGUUCGCUGAAGGGGUAGAGAAGGUAGACUUCGGCAGGCUACGCCAGCAGAAGAAGGAGGUCAACCUGGCUAUGCACCGGCAGGAGGUGCCCUUAGUGAACGUCUUCCUGGAAGGCGUGAAGAGCGACCCUGAGGCUCUGGCGAGGACUCCAGCUGCUUCCUUCAUCGACCGGGCCCAAAAGACGAUCCUCACCUCUGCCUAUGCCUUUGGCGAGAUGUACGUCAGCAUGGCCAAGGCUGACAAGGAGAUCCAGAGGCUGAAGAGGCGGGAUGAGCUAGCCAAGAGCAAAAUGGCAGAGGCGCAGGAGGCCAUCCGAGAGAAGAACACCUUGCUGGUUCAGAAGGCGGCCCUGGCCAAGGAGGUGGAGGAGCUGAAGAGAUCUAGGGCCGAGGAGGUGGCUGUUGCCCGAGCCGAGGCGAUUGAGUCCUUCCGAUCCUCAGAGGAGCUGAAGAGCUAUAUCAUGGACCGACUGGUUGAUGAGCAGCUUCGCUGGGAAGAUAGGUUGGUUAGGUUCAACCCCUCACUGGAGAUUAACUUUGACACCAGUGGCGAGCCUCCUGCACAGACCCCUCCUGCUGAUGCUAGCGCCCCGACACCAGAGGCUGAGCCAGCCACUGAGGAUGUUCCUUCGACCGAGUCCUGA